AUGCGCUUCACUACCGCUGCUGUCUUCUCCACCCUCGCGGCCUUCGCUGCCGCCUACACCGAGCCCAACUACAAGCUGCCUCCUUCGGGCAACCCCAUCUCGAGCCCCGGCCUGAACGAGCAGGUCCCGGAGGGUGCUCCCUUCACCAUCAAGUGGGACCCCACCCUCGGCAAGACGGUCUCUCUGGUUCUGCUCCGCGGUCCCAGCACCAACGUCGUGCCUCUGGAGACCAUCGUUGAGGAUAUCCCCAACUCCGGCUCCUACACGUGGACCCCCGGCACCAACCUCCAGGUGGACAACACCCACUACGGUCUUCUCCUCGUCGUGGAGGGCACCGGCGCCUACCAAUGGUCCACUCAGUUCGGUAUCGCUGCCCCUGCCGGUGGUCACGUCUCCGCUUCCCGUACCGAUGACAAGACCACCGCCGCUCCCACUUCCACCCCGUCGGGCACCGUCAUCGUCACCGACGAUAUCACCACCACCUACUGCCCCGAGGAGGAGAGCUCGUCCGCCUCCAAGGCCGCUGCCACCACCCCGGCCUCCGUCCCCGUUUCCUCCUCCUCCACCGUCUGGGCCACCUACGAGGUGACCACCACCAUCUGCCCCGAGACCGACUCCCCCGUCUCCAGCGGCGUCGUUCCCACCGGCACUGCUUCCGCCACCCCCUCCAGCACCCCCGUCUUCAACGGUGCUGGCCGCAACGCCAUGUCCCUGGGCGCCAUCGCUGCCGGUGUCUUCGCCGUCCUGGCCCUCUAG